CUUAUAGUCCCGGCCGAAGCGCGGAAAGCUCUCUUCGCUCCUCCCCCUUCUUCGCAGCGUCUCUCGUUACCAAGGGGAUUAGGCGGCGCCUGCGUAGGAAUGUCUCUGAUUGUAGCGGAGAGACUUGGGGCCUCAAGAAGUAGAAUCUUUUAGGGACUAUUUUUGUGCUGAGAGGGAGAGCUGGGCGCAGCGUUACCCCAGGGGGCUGACGGCAAGGAGCCUUCUGUGGCGAAGUGGGGCUGAGCUGCUGGAGUGGACUAGCCCCUGUGUGUGAACGGGAGAGAGGCGAGGCUGCGUGCUUAGGUCUGGGGGGUCAGUACAGUGCAGCAAGUCCUGCAGUUCCAGAGGGAUCCACCUGAGGAUGGACAUAGGCCCCCCAGAUGUGUUGGAGCGCAAGGGGGCUUUGACUCUGCGCUCGCAUUGCGUACAAUAUGGGAGACCCACCCUAAUGUACCGCUGGCACCAAAACAGAGAGGCUGAACCUAAAGAUUAUGAUAUAAAUGAAGUUCCUUUGGGUUCAAAGAAUUUAUGUCAAUCUACCUACUCGAGAUUUGGAACUGUGGAUGGGACAUGGAUCACCACAUACCAGGAUCAUUUGUCUCAACCGUGUACAAAUAAAGGAUAUAGGGAAAUAGAGAUUCGUAAAUCCAUGCUGAAUGAAGAUAAUUUUGAAGAUGGUGUUAUUGACAGGGAGACUGGGCUGCCCAAAACAGGAGUUGGAGCUGUAUUGCCAAGACACCCUUCAGAUCACUUUCAAAUGUAUCUGGAUACAACAUACCGUAUAGACUAUGUUCCUCCAUAUGAUUAUACGCCAUAUGUUGGAGCCCAACCAGAUGGUUAUUCUAUAGUUCAUAGAAAAUGUCACUCUCAGUUUACUGACACAGCAGAUUACAGAAGACAUGGUAUCAACACAUGGCAAGAUGAGAGUGGGAUAUAUGCUACUGUGGAUAUAAAGCAACAGGUCUUCCCAGUAACUAAUCCUAUACCGUCAAACGUGCAUGAAGAUAAUUUCUAAGCAGUUAUAAUAGAAUCUGAAAUAGACACAUUGUAUGUUAUGUAUUAACUAUUUUCCAAAUAUUCCAAUAAAUAUUUUUUAAAUGCUUGCUACA